UUUUUUUUAUCUGCUAAAUCGUGCUGCGGGACGUGUGCUUUUGGAGAAAUUUCUUUUGAAUGUUCCGAAAAUGGCAGAUUCUGAGGUUUUGAAGAAAUUGAAAGAUAUAUCAUUCAAAAUCCAGACCGCAAGUUUGAAGGGAAGACGUGAAGUCGUAGAAGAAAUUCAGGAUGUUCUAUCUUCUCCAGGUAUCACAGAGCCAGCAGUGCGGUUUGUGUGCAGACUGGUGGGUAUGACACUGCACCGCUAUCGAGACACCACAUCUCAGUCAUAUGUCAAAGGCUUGCUGACUUAUUUGGUUGCCAACCACAGGGAGUGGACUUUAAAGAACUUGUUACCUGUCCUAUUGGAUUUAUCAGAACAGCUGCGUAGUACUGCCACAUCAAAGAGUACAAGCCAGAGUGGUCUAUAUGCUCUGCGAUGGUCCACCAUAUUGGUGCAAGGCUCCCUGAAGGCAGAGGAAGACAGCCUUGACAACUCAUUAGUUCUGGCUCAGGCCAAUCUGCUGGCUGUGGUUGUUGCCUAUGGAGACAAGAGGAAAAAUGACAAGGCUUUUUCUAUGCUGCACUCGAUGUGGAGAGCGGUCGGUGCGGCGCGCACACUGCGCUGGCUGCAGACGCUGGUGUCGCAGCCGGACGCUGCUCCGCACGUGUGCGUCGCGCUCGUGGCGCUCUGGCCGCAUCUGGACGACACGGUGCGAGACAACCACAAGGAUAAAAUGUUAGAAUGCUUCACAAAAAGCCUGAUCAGUGUGAAGACGCGUCCCAACGCGAACUACAUCAAAGGCUGCUCAGCGUUCCUGCAGCUGCUGAGCAAGGCCGAGGUGGACGGCAGCCUGUUGCCUGCGUUACAGAAGGCCAUGCUCAGGAGCCCCGAGACCAUCAUAGAGGCAGUCGGGGAGGUCGUGGAGAAUCUUAAUGUGGAUCUGGAUGGUGUUGCGGUGGAUAUUGGCAAGAGUUUGAUAGUGAACGUGCACAGUAAGGACGCGUGGGUGCGCGGCGAGGCGCUGCGUGCGCUGUCGCGUCUCGCGCGCCGCGUGACGUCACAGCACGCGGCGCACGCGCUGCUUGCGCACGCCUUCGCGGAGUACAACGGCGCGGGCGGGAAGCUCAUCUCCAGCGAGGACAAGAUCCUUGUUCUGCAGGGUGUAGGAGCUCUAAGCGAGUUGGGCGUAGACGACACAUCGCGUCUGAAGCUAUUCGACGAGAUGGUGAAGCAUAUGUCCCGGGUUCUAGAAAGCGAGUCUCACGAGCGGACGCUGUGCGGAGCGCUGCAAGCGCUGCAGCGGUGGCUGUUGACGCUUAAAGCGGAGAUGCCCAACAGUAUCAUUGAUAUAUAUAAGAAAAAUCUAUCAGCCAAGAGUAGUACCCAGCCGGUCCGCAUCGCGUACACGUCGCUAGUGUCGCGCACGCUGGCUGCGCGCGCGCACAGCGCCGCGCAGGCCGACGCUCUGCGGCCGCUGGCGCGCGCUGCUGUGGACAGGGCGCUGCAACAACCGCUGCAGCACCUGGUGGUGUGCGAGGGUAUAGCGGCGAUGGCGGCGCUGGUGGCGCUGGAGCCGGGCCAUGAGCCGCCGGGCGCGCUGCCGCCGCUGCUGCACCGCCGCGUGCUGCUGGCCGCGCCCGACGACGUCCUAAUACAGGUGGUGAUAUUAUGCAGAUCAGUCUUGGAAAACUACCAAAGUGUUGCCAGUGAUCAAAACUCGCCUAUAUACAGGGCGUUUGUGCUAGUCUUACUGUCCACUGUCAAAUCUGUGAGGAGUUUCGCCAUAGAGGAGGUUAAAGGGUUACUUGCCAAGGAAGACAGAGCUCUAUUAGCGAGGUAUUUAAUGCUGAAGUUGAAUGAAGUGUUGGAAGAAGGGAAGAUCUUCAGUGGGAAAGAGAAGACGCCGCCUGAUGAGAAAGGGAGUGAUGUGACGGGGAAGAUGGUACUGGAUUGUGUUCAAGCCUUGUGUUCAAAUAGAGAUUAUCCUGUAGAAGAUGCUCAGAGCCUAGCAAUCGACGCGCUCCCGGCGUGCCACCACCCUCUAGCGACCGCCGUCAACAAGCGGGCGUGGAUCAAAGUCGUCUGCCACCUGAGGCUAGAGCCUAAAAAACUGGUCGCCAUGCAUGCUAAUAACCUCAAGAAUACGUAUAUAAACGGAUACAAACCGAAUGAGACGUGGUCCAACGUAGUGUCGACGCUGGUGGGUGUGAACGCGGACGCAGUCGCGGGCGACGCGAUCCAGAGCGUGCUGGCGGCGCUGCUGGACCCGGAGCUGCUGCGGGUCUCCCGGGACGAGUACUUCACCUACCUCGUCCGGGAGGGCGAGCUCUAUGACAAGUCCGCCGUGCCGGGCAAUGAAGACAGCAAGGAGAUGAACCUGAAACGAGAAAGCAAGGCGUACAGUUACAAGGACCAGCUGGAGGAGUUGCAGCUGCGACGCGAACUAGAGGAGAAACGGAAGAGGGAAGGGAAAGUCAAGGAGGUCCCGCUGUCAGCAAAACAAAAGGAAGCCAUAAAGGCACAACUGGCAAAAGAAAGCGCCAUCAGACAGAGGCUAACUGCUCUGAACAGCCGCGUGGAAGUGGCGGUGCGGCUGCUGGAGGCGGUGCAGCGGGGGUCGGCGCAGACACUGCGGCUGCGCGCGCGCGCGGUGACCGCCGGAGCGCUGGCGGCGCUGCGCAGCCCGCUGGCGGCGCCGCAGCUCGUGCACGCGCACGGAGCCCUGCGCGCGGCCUUGUUGCCGCACCACGCCGCGCUCGGGGACACCGUCGCCAGGGUCACGCUCAGACUCCACAAACCCCAAUGCGACCUGGACCCCGCAUGGGAAGAAGAAGACCUGGACAAGGCGACCAUCCGCACCAUCAACCUGGUGCACGCGGCCACGGCUGAACCAAAGAACCCUUCGGAAGACGAACUAGACCCGACCACACAGCAGAAGACAAACCAUUUCAACGCGCCUGGAUUCUGUUAUGUGUUCCCCUUGCUCAAGCAAGGUCUGACGGCCCCGGCAACCCGGGCGGACGAGACGACAAUGCUCAACGGUCUGUCGGUGAUCGCACGACACGCGUCCGUCGCCGCGCUCAGCUCCCGGGAGCUGCUCAACCCCAAGCUGUUCCCCAUCGAGCACAUGUUCCAGCUGCUCAUCGAACUCAUCAGCAGUACGUCGGGGCGCGUGCAGACGGCCAGCACGGCGGCGUUGCUGGAGACGGCGCAGUGCGGCGCGCGCGGCGGCGUCAGCGCCGGCGACGUCGGCUGUCUGCUGGCCGGCCUGCAGAGCCCCUUGGAGGUGGUCCGUGACGCAGCGCUCCGCGCGUUGCUCUGUAUAUCAGAUCGUCUUCCGCCGCUCUUGGAGAAUCCUGAUCACGCGCUCGACCUUACCAAAAGAUUACUCAUUGCCACCUUCGAUGUCUCAGAGGAUAACAAGAAGCUGGCCGAAGAGCUGUGGUCGCGGCUGCCGACGGCGCAGCAGCGCGCGCAGUGGACGACGCUGCAGCCGCAGAUGCUGGCGGAGGUGCGGCACCCCAGCGAGCCCGUGCAGCGCGCGAGCGCGCGCGCGCUGGCGAGCCUCGUGCGCGACGCGCGCGCGCCGCGUGCGGACGUGCACCGCCACCUGCAGCUGGAGUACCGCCGGACGCUGCCGCUAAUCCCCGCGAAGCUUGACCAGUUCGGUCACGUGGUGGAGGGCGCCGUAGACGAGUGGGGCUCGCGCCGGGGCGUAGCUCUCGCUCUCAAGGCGCUAGCUCCUCUACUAAGCGCAGACGAAGUCGCAGACGCCAUGAGAUUCUUCGUGGAGGAGGCUCUGGCUGACCGGCACGAAGUGGUCAGAGGAGACAUGUUGGAUGCUGCAAUGGCCAUCGUCGAUCUGCAUGGGAAGGAAACAAUAAGCAGCCUCCUCCCCGUAUUCGAGAAUUUUCUGGACAGGGCUCCGAAAUCCGGCGGCUACGAUGCGGUGAGACAGAGCGUGGUGCUGCUGGUGGGGUCGCUGGCGCGCCACCUCGCGCCCGGCGACGCCCGCGUGAGGCCCAUCACUCUGCGGCUGGUGGCCGCCUUGUCUACUCCCAGCCAACAGGUCCAAGAGGCGGUGAGCAACUGUCUGCCUCACCUGGUGACGUCGCCCGCCUUGGAGGAAGAGAUACCGGUGAUCAUGAACAAGCUAAUGAAACAGCUGCUUACCGCUGAGAAAUACGGCGACCGGAAGGGCGCCGCAUACGGUAUCGCGGGCAUCAUCAAGGGCCUCGGCAUCCUCUCCCUGAAGCAGCUGGACGUGAUGGGCAAACUCACCGAGGCUAUACAGGAGAAGAAAAACUACAAGUAUCGUGAAGGCGCACUGUUCGGCUUCGAGAUGCUCUGCCACAAGCUCGGGCGCUUGUUCGAGCCCUACAUCGUGCACGUGCUGCCGCACCUGCUGCUGUGCUUCGGCGACAGCUCGCAGUAUGUGCGCGCCGCCGCCGACGACACCGCCAAGCUCAUCAUGAGCAAGCUCAGCGCGCACGGCGUCAAGCUGGUGCUGCCGUCGCUGCUGCAGGCGCUGCAGGACGACAACUGGCGCACUAAGGCUGGUUCAAUCGAGCUGCUGGGCGCCAUGGCGUAUUGCGCUCCGAAGCAGCUGUCGUCGUGCCUGCCGUCCAUCGUGCCCAAGCUGAUCGAGGUGCUGAGCGACUCCCACAUGCGGGUGCAGGAGGCGGGCGCAGAGGCUCUCAAAGUCAUCGGCUCCGUCAUCCGCAACCCUGAGAUUCAAGCAAUCGUGCCUGUGCUGCUUCAAGCGCUGCAAGACCCGUCGAACAAGACGUCGGCGUGUCUGCAGACGCUGUUGGACACGAAGUUCGUGCACUUCAUCGACGCCCCGUCGCUGGCCCUCAUCAUGCCCGUGGUGCAGAGGGCCUUCCUCGACCGCAGCACGGAGACGCGCAAGAUGGCCGCCCAGAUCAUAGGCAAUAUGUACUCGUUGACCGACCAGAAGGAUCUGCAGCCGUACCUUCCCAAUAUUAUACCGGGGUUGAAGAGUUCGCUACUAGAUCCUGUGCCAGAUGUGCGGUCAGUGUCGGCGCGAGCGCUGGGCGCGAUGGUGAAGGGCAUGGGCGAGAGCAGCUUCGAGGAGCUGCUGCCGUGGCUGAUGCAGACGCUGACGUCGGAGACCAGCAGCGUGGACCGCUCGGGCGCCGCGCAGGGGCUGAGCGAGGUGGUCGCCGGCCUCGGCGUGCACAAGCUGCACAAGAUCAUGCCUGACAUCAUAGCAACAGCAGAGCGCACGGACAUCGCUCCCCACGUAAAGGACGGCUACAUAAUGAUGUUCAUCUACAUGCCCGGCGCCUUCACCGACGAGUUCACCCCCUACAUCGGACAGAUCAUCAACCCCAUCCUCAAAGCACUCGCCGACGAAAACGAAUACGUCAGGGAAACCGCCCUCAAAGCUGGCCAGAGGAUUGUGACGCUAUACGCGGAAUCAGCCAUAACUUUGCUGCUACCGGAGCUAGAAAAGGGACUAUUCGACGAUAAUUGGCGUAUAAGAUACAGCUCCGUGCAAUUAUUGGGAGAUUUAUUGUACAGAAUUUCAGGAGUGUCGGGCAAGAUGAGCACGGAAACGGCGUCGGAAGACGAUAACUUCGGCACGGAACACUCGCACAAGGCGAUCAUGACCGCGCUGGGCACUGAGAGGAGGAAUCGCGUGUUGGCUGGUCUGUACAUGGGGAGGAGUGACGUGGCGCUCAUGGUGAGGCAGGCUGCGUUGCACGUAUGGAAGGUGGUGGUGACGAACACCCCGAAGACGCUGCGCGAGAUCCUGCCCACGCUGUUCAGCCUGCUGCUGGGCUGCCUGGCCUCCACCAGCUACGACAAGCGGCAGGUGGCCGCCAGGACGCUCGGGGACUUAGUGCGGAAGCUGGGAGAGCGGGUGCUCCCGGAGAUAGUGCCGAUCCUGGAGCGGGGGCUGCGGUCGGAGCGCCCGGACCAGCGUCAGGGCGUCUGCAUCGGCCUCGGGGAGAUCCUCGCCUCCACCUCCCGGGACGCCGUGCUCAGCUUCGCGGAUGGCCUGGUGCCGACGGUCCGCACGGCACUGUGCGACCCGCUGGCGGAGGUCCGAGUGGCGGCCGCGCGGACCUUCGACUCGCUGCACGCCACCAUCGGCAACAAGGCGCUGGACGACAUCCUGCCGCACAUGCUCAACACGCUCAACGACCCCGACCGCGACCUGGCCGACGCCACGCUGGAUGGACUCAAACAGAUAAUGGCAAUAAAGUCCCGCGCAGUGUUGCCAUACCUCGUGCCCGUGCUGACAGCCAGCGGAGGCGGCGCCGUCGACACCCGCGCGCUGUCGGCGCUGGCGGCGGCCGCGGGCGGAGCCCUGGGGCGCCAUCUGCCGCGGGUGCUGCCGGCGUUGCUGGCGGCGCUCGCGGCCGCCAAGGGCACGCCCGGGGAAGCUAAGGAACUGGACCACUGUCGAGACGCGUUGCUGCCUGUGACGGACCCUCCCGCUGUCAGAGUUAUAAUCGACACCCUGCUGGAAGCGAUCCGCAGCUCGGGGUCGGCGGAGGCGGCGGCGCUGCUGUGCGCGUUCGUGACGCACACGCGCGCCGACCUCGCGCCGCACGUGCCGCAGCUGCUGCGCGGGCUGCUGCUGCUGUUCGCCGACACCGACCGCGACGUCCUGCAGAUGGCGUGGGAAGCGCUGACGGCGUUGACGAAGACGCUGGACGCCGAGCAGCAGAUCGCUCACGUGUCCGACGUCCGCCAAGCUGUGCGAUACGCUGCCGCCGAUCUCAAGCAGGAGUUAUUGCCUGGAUUCUGUCUGCCUAAAGGAAUAGCACCAAUCCUGCCGCUCUUCCGCGAGUCGAUCCUCAACGGUCUGCCCGAGGACAAGGAGAACGCGGCGCUCAUGCUGGGAGAGGUCAUCAAGCUGACUUCAGCGGCCGCCAUACAGCCCUCCGUUGUGCACAUCACUGGGCCCCUGAUCAGGAUCCUGGGAGACAGGUUCAACUCCAGUGUGAAGGCGGCCGUGCUCGAGACUCUGGCUGAACUCUUGUCCAAGGUGGGCGUGAUGCUGAAGCAGUUCCUGCCGCAGCUGCAGACCACGUUCCUGAAGGCGCUGCACGACGCGGCGCGGCCGGUGCGCGUGCGCGCGGGGCUGGCGCUGGCGCAGCUGGUGCUCAUCCACACGCGCGCCGACCCGCUCUUCGUGGAGAUGCACUCCAGCAUCAAGAGCACUGACGACCCCGCCAUCAGGGAGACUAUGCUGCAGGCGCUGCGCAGCGUGAUCACAGUGGGCGGCGACAAGAUGUCGGAGCAGCUGGCGCUGAGCGUGCUGGGCACGCUGAGCGGGCCGGCGCUGCUGGCGCACGCGGACGACCCACCGCGCGCUGCGGCCGGCGGCUGCCUGGGCGCGCUGCUGCACAGUCUGCCGCCGCCGCACCGCGACGCCGCGCUGCUGCACCACGUGCUGGCGCCCGCCGACGACUGGCUGCUCGUGCACGGCCGCUCCGCCGCGCUCUUCGUCGCCCUCAAGGAGACCCCCGACUGCGUCUACCGCGACCACUUCGAGGAGAAGAUAGACAAGGCUCUGUUGAAUUAUCUGGCUAGCGACAAAGUCCCGAUCGCGUGCAAUGGAAUCCGAGGUAUCGGAUACCUCAUGAAGUACCUCCUACAAAAUAAUAGGCCGAUCCCGCCUAAUAUUCUAUCACAGUUUGUCAGGAGCAUGAACCACCCCAGUAACGAGGUGAAGCAGCUGAUGGCGUCCGCGUCCGCGCUGGUGGGUCGGGUGACCACAGUGGAAGGCGGCGCGGAGCUGCUGCGCGCUCUGCUGCCGGCGCUGGUCAACGGCACCAAGGAAAAGAACACCUGCGUGCGCGCCGGCUCAGAGAUCGCACUGCGUGCCGUGCUGAGGCUCACCACUGAUGAUAACUACCACCAGCAAUGCCUGUCGCUGCUGGAGGCGGGCGCGCGCGAGGCGCUGAGCGACGUGGUGGCGCGCGUGCUGCGGCGCGCGCACUCUGAGCCUCGGCACGACGACCUCGACUGCACGCUGCUGCUCUGACUGACCAUCUCUAUACAAUAUAUAUCGCAUUACACUUA